UUAACUACAGCUAUACACUACGGUCGUGUAUCACUGUGUUAAUGUAGAGGAUACAUGCUCUCACAAAUUGUGAGUGUAUAUAUAUAUAUGUUCGGUGUGUCAGGAAAGGCGGUUCGGGGGUGUCACAUAGCGAGAAUCGCGAAGCACUACAAUCAAGGGUCAAAAACAUAUGUUUUUACAUAUUCUUCUCAGUUACCGAUGUGUGGGUGAAAAGUGAACAAACUGGAAAUAUGUGGAUCAUUUAGUUUCAUUUUGAAAGCCAAACCAGUUAAAAUACCAGAGAGAUAUUUGGCACUUGUGUUCUUUUUCUUGUGAAAGUUAGUAUGGAAGUUUUAUGGCCGUAGAAACCUGGAGUGUACCCACGUGAAGAAGACAAUCAGUAUAAAGAGUUACACGACAACAUUCCAAGAUGGCAGAAGGAAUGUGCGCCACGUGUUCCCGAUAUCUCCUCAUUGCUUUCAACUUCUUGUUCUGGGUGUCUGGGGGCGCCUUACUUGGACUGGGUAUCUGGGUCAGAGUAGACAGUAAGGUUGAAGAUACGUUGAAGCAGUUUGUACAUAUUAAUCUCCCCAUCGACGUUUUGUUUGCCGCCGCUUACGUCUUCAUUGCCGUCGGGGCCUUUAUCUUUGUCACCGGGUUCUGUGGCUGCUGUGGAGCCAUUAGAGAGAGUGCCUGUAUGCUGGCUGUGUACAUUGGGUGUCUAACUGUUGUCAUCCUCGGAGAGAUAGCGGCAGGAGUUUAUCUCGCCGUGGAACGUACAAAUCUUGAACAGAUGUUUGAUGAUAAUUUAUCAGCACAAGUUCGAAAUUACACUGAUCCCGGAAAUUCUACGAUGGAUUUCUUACAGAUUCAGUUUGAUUGUUGCGGCUCUCAAAACUAUUCCGAAUUCAACUCCAGUUUCUAUGCUCAAAAUUUACCAGCACAAACAAGAAUGGAAUGGCUCGUUCCGGACAGUUGCUGCGUGGCAGUGAAAGUAAACAACGCGAAAAUAUCUGACAAGGACCGGCGAACAUGUCAGAAUGAGGCUCGGAAGAUGAUGACAGAAAAGACAACACAGUUGCGAACAGCGGGUUGCUAUGAUAAGAUAAUGAAGAUGAUACACACCAAUAGUGCUAUACUGAUUGGAGUGCUUAUAGGUGUGGCUUUAUUAGCGAUACUAGGAAUAGUGUUGUCGAUAUGUCUAUGUAGGAACCGUACGGAAUACUGGGAAUGGGAAUAAUGGUUUAAAGUAAGCUCAUCAAUGUUAUUCCAUCAACUGUUACCUCGACUUCGACGACCUCAACUGUGACCUUGCCUUCGUCGUCAUCAAAUUUUGACCUCUACAUAACGUCAUCAACUGUGACCUCACCUUCGACAUCAUCAAUUGUGACCUUCCAUUUGGCGCCGUGAAAUGUGACCUCUAUUUCAACG